UUUGUUCAGUGCUUUUUUUGUUAUCAUCAAUGUUAAGUUACCGUUCAUCGUGACACAAUAUUUUUAUUUUGAGGUCAUUACAUUGCACACGAUUCCACCCGAUGCGCAACCGAACAACACACGAACGUCACUCGCAACAUAAAGGGCGAUGUUGAGCAUAUUAAAGAUAGACAGCUGUCGUUUCAUUUUCAGCUGAUUUUUGUGUACGCUCACAGUACGGGGCACCACUCGUGUUCUUAGACAUUUAUAGGGCUCUUUUUGAAGAUAUUCUUUUCACGCCAUCGGUUAUAGAUAGGUGGAAACGCGAAGUGCAGUGGGAACAAUCGAGAAAAGCUUAGCAUCGAACAAAGGGAGAUGGUCCAUUGAGUGCGGGAGAGGAGCAGCGGGCGUGACGUCACGCCACGACGAGGCCGAUGAGGCGAGGAUCGUGACCGGAGGAGCGCGGCGAGCACGCGCAGCGGAGCGGGCCAGCCUGGCCUCCAGUGACUCCGGGGACGAGGGCCAACGGCCGCCGCGCAAGCGGACGCGCAGGCUGUCGCCGGAGCCGACCAUGCACCAGCCCUGCACCAACGGCGCUCACCUCAACGGUGACGCCGCCCGCAACGGAGACCUGCCGCCGGGGCUCCGCAUGAGCCAAACAGACCAGGAGAUUGUGCGCCUCAUCGGACAGCAUCUGCUCUCGGUCGGACUAGAACGUAGCGCGACUCUGCUGAUGGAGGAGUCAGGGUUACACCUGGAGCACCCCGCGGCGGCCACGUUCCGUACACACGUGUUGGCCGGAGACUGGGUGAAGGCGGACCACGACCUGCGAGCGCUGCACGACCUGCUCAGGGACUCGCCUCAGGUGGAGCCUCACAACCUCGCCGAGAUGAAGUUCGUAGUGCUCGAGCAGAAGUACCUCGAGCACCUGGAGGCGGGCCGUGUGCUGGACGCCCUGCACGUGCUGCGGAAUGAGCUAACGCCGCUGCAGUACGACACGGCUCGCGUGCACCGCCUGUCCGCGCUCAUGAUGUGCGCCGACGCCGCUGAGUUGAGGCAGCGCGCUCGCUGGCCAGGGGGCCCGCGCUCGAGGGCACGUCUUCUUGCCACCGUGCAGGCGGUGCUGCCGCCCGCGCUCAUGAUGUCUCCGGGCCGGCUGCGGGCGCUUCUGGCGCAGGCCGCCGCCCAGCAGGCCGCCCGGUGCCGGUUCCACGCGGCGCCUCGCCCUUCGCCUCCCGUCCCGUCCCCCGAUCGCGACGACGAGCUCGCCGUCCCCGAGCACAUCCCCUUCUCUCUCCUGGCAGACCACCACUGCUCGGCCGACCAGUUCCCCAUACACUCCUUGCAGGUGUUGAACGGUCACUGUGACGAGGUGUGGUACUGCAAGUGGUCCCCGGAUGGCUCCAAGCUGGCCUCGGGCUCCAAAGACAACACCGUCAUGAUAUGGGACUACAACCCUGUCACAAAACGAUUGGCUUUCAGGAAGUCGCUGGAAGGUCACUCGUACGGCGUGUCCUUCCUAGCGUGGAGUCCCGACGGCCGACACCUGCUGGCCGCCGGACCCGAGGACUGCCCCGACCUCUGGAUCUGGAACAUGGAGACGGAGCAGCUGCACCUGAAGAUGACUCACUCCCAGGAGGACUCGCUGACGGCGGCCGCCUGGCACGCCAGCGGGAAUGCCUUCGUCUGCGGCGGCGCCCGGGGACAGUUCUAUCACUGCGCACUCGACGGUACCCUCAUCAACAACUGGGACGGUGUCCGUGUGAACGCGCUGGCGUGCCGCUCCGAGGGCCGCGUGUUGGCCGCCGACACUCACCACCGCGUCCGGCUCUAUGACUUCAGCGACCUCACCGACAGGAACCUCAUCCAGGAGGAGCACGCGGUGAUGGCGAUGACCCUGAACGCGGCGGACACGCUGCUGCUGCUCAACGUGGCCAACCAGGGAGUCCACCUCUGGGAUAUCCGAGCCCGAGCGCUCGUCCGUCGCUUCAGGGGCCUGUCUCAGGGACACUUCACCAUCCACGCCUGCUUCGGAGGAGCUCAUCAAGACUUCAUAGCGUCCGGCAGCGAGGACAAUAAGGUGUACAUCUGGCACAUCGACGGCGAGGAGCCCAUCGCGGUGGUGUCGGGACACACGAGGUGUGUGAACGCCGUGGCUUGGAACCCCGUGCAUCAUGACGUGCUGGUGUCCGCCUCCGACGACUACUCCCUGAGGCUGUGGGGCCCGAGGACCCACCAGACCUAGGACACAGGGAUCCACGCCCACAGGACGCUACACCGAUACUCUCAAACUGGCCGUCGUAGGUGACCUCCACGGAAUGGACAUUUUGUUUUAUACGGAUACUUUGUUAGUAUCAUUGCUACGACUCGGGGUAAUGAAGAUAUUAUAAAUCUAUUGAAAAAAAUAUAUGUAAAAGAAAUUUAUGUUUUUGGCAGAACUACUUUGUGCAAUGCAGAGUGCCAUAAAAUAGUGCAAUAUUAACGUAAAAUGUCAGAAUUACCCACUGAAUUGCUCACAACACAAUACGGAAGGUCGUGUCAGAAGUUAAGUCCAUGAUGUUGAACGUUCAACGUGAUGACUCGACGAUGGACACUCCCGGACCUGCGCCGUCAAAACACAAACACGAGGACAGAUGACAAGCGACUCAAUGUAAUGAACAUAGUCUGUAAGGGGGCGGCCGGCGGCGCCUCGUGUGGCUAGUUGUAUAAGAUAGGCAUCCGACGACAAAACUGUCGCUGGCGACUCUCCAGCCGACACGUUGUGUGGAUCGCUCGAAGGUGAGAGGUUGGGGUCUGUGACGUAACACGUUGUCGUGUGACGUCACUAUAAUAUAUUAUGUUAACGUUAAUUUAAGGGAUUCAUUAUAGAGGCCGUCGCCCCGGCCCGCUCCGACUUAGAAUUAUUAUUAGGACUUAAGUAUGAGAGGUAGACGCGGAGUCGUUAUAUUUUUGUACCGACCUGGACCGACCGUCACGUGCUGGACUCGAACCACUCGUCGGAAAUGUCCCCGACAACAUUACAGUGCCCGUACUGACUUAAUGUUCCCGCCACUGCUCGUUCGCUCUCUUUGGACACAUGCAUCAUGUAAUAUUACAUGCCACACUACGGACCAGAUGAAACCCUGACACUAUUCUUUUUUCCAAUCAAACAUUCUUCAAACUUCCUCUCUGAUUUCAAUUUCCUCUUGGUCCCGGUCUCUUCUGAACCAACCGAGUAUUGUGUGUAGUGUCGAAGUACAAAGGGCGUUAUCUGAUAGCGAGUAGAGCAGGCUCCGGCCACUUGUUAUUUAAUAAUGAUAUAUCAAUAAAGUUUUUUAUCUUAAAUUUA